GGGAAGAAAUAUGAGCGUCUGAACAUCGUCCUGCUCACAGACCUGAACUCACAGAGCAGUCCGGACCAGCUGGACAUUAUCAUAGGCAGCCUUAAGAGAGCCGGCAUUACUCUGCAGUUCAUGUGUGUAAUUGUUAUUCUACUGUAGAAGAUCUCUAAUGGCUUGUUAUAUAUCAUGGAAGCAUUGAUUACACCUACAUUAGGGCUUCAUCGGAAACGGCAUCCUAUUCCCGAUAGAAUGCAGUACUUUUGACCAGGCUCUGGAGAUUUGGGACACAACCAUGAAGUGACUCCAAACUGACCUUUAACCUGUGUUCCUCCAGCCUACCCUUCCCUGUAGACGGAGGGGGUUCCAGCCCCCCCCACGGGGGUAAAGGUCUGUCCAGAGAGCAACAGCAGGGCUUGGAGAUGACCAAGCAGGUCAUGAUGUCUCUGGAUGAAGAGGAUGGUCUGGAUGAAGUCUACACCUUCAGGUAGGAAGUCACUGGAUGAAGAGGAUGGUCUGGAUGAAGUCACUGGGGGCUGCGUCCCAAAUCAAACCUUAUUUCCUGUAUGGUGCACUACUUUAGGGUGGUAUUGGGUGGUAUUGGGUGCCUCUAGGGUGGUAUUGGGUGGUAUUGGGUGCCUAUAGGGUGGUAUUGGGUGCAUAUAGGUGGUAUUGGGUGGUAUUGGGUGCCUAUUGGGUGCCUAUAGGGUGGUAUUGGGUGCAUAUAGGGUGGUAUUGGGUGCCUCUAGGGUGGUAUUGGGUGGAAUUGGGUGCCUAUAGGGUGGUAUUGGGUGCCUAUUGGGUGGUAUUGGGUGCCUAUAGGGUGGUAUUGGGUGGAAUUGGGUGCCUAUAGGGUGGUAUUGGGUGCCUAUAGGGUGGUAUUGGGUGCAUAUAGGUGGUAUUGGGUGCCUAUAGGGUGGUAUUGGGUGCCUAUAGGGUGGUAUUGGGUGCAUAUAGGGUGGUAUUGGGUGCCUCUAGGGUGGUAUUGGGUGGAAUUGGGUGCCUAUUGGGUGGUAUUGGGUGCCUAUUGGGUGGUAUUGGGUGCCUAUUGGGUGGAAUUGGGUGCCUAUAGGGUGGUAUUGGGUGCCUAUAGGGUGGUAUUGGGUGCCUAUAGGGUGGUAUUGGGUGCAUAUAGGUGGUAUUGGGUGGUAUUGGGUGCAUAUAGGGUGGUAUUGGGUGCAUAUAGGGUGGUAUUGGGUGCAUAUAGGUGGUAUUGGGUGGUAUUGGGUGCCUAUUGGGUGGUAUUGGGUGCCUCUAGGGUGGUAUUGGGUGCAUAUAGGUGGUAUUGGGUGCCUAUAGGGUGGUAUUGGGUGCAUAUAGGUGGUAUUGGGUGGUAUUGGGUGCCUAUAGGGUGGUAUUGGGUGCCUAUAGGGUGGUAUUGGGUGCCUAUUGGGUGCCUCUAGGGUGGUAUUGGGUGGAAUUGGGUGCCUAUAGGGUGGUAUUGGGUGCCUAUUGGGUGCCUAUAGGGUGGUAUUGGGUGGAAUUGGGUGCCUAUAGGGUGGUAUUGGGUGCCUAUAGGGUGGUAUUGGGUGCCUAUAGGGUGGUAUUGGGUGCCUAUAGGGUGGUAUUGGGUGCCUCUAGGGUGGUAUAGGUGGAAUUGGUGCCUAUAGGUGGUAUGGGUGGUAUUGGGUGCCUAUUGGGUGGUAUUGGGUGCCUAUAGGGUGGUAUUGGUGGAAUUGGGGCCUUAGGGUGGUAUUGGGUGCCUAUUGGGUGCCUAUAGGUGGUAUUGGUGCCUAUAGGGUGGUAUUGGGUGCCUCUAGGGUGGUAUUGGGUGCAUAUAGGUGGUAUUGGGUGGUAUUGGGUGCCUAUUGGGUGGCUAUAGGGUGGUAUUGGGUGGAAUUGGGUGCCUAUAGGGUGGUAUUGGGUGCCUAUAGGGUGGUAUUGGGUGCCUCUAGGGUGUAUGGUGUCUAUAGGGUGGUAUUGGGUGCCUAUAGGGUGGUAUUGGGUGCCUCUAGGGUGGUAUUGGGUGGAAUUGGGUGCCUAUAGGGUGGUAUUGGGUGUCUAUAGGGUGGUAUUGGGUGCCUCUAGGGUGGUAUUGGGUGCCUCUAGGGUGGUAUUGGGUGUCUAUAGGGUGGUAUUGGGUGCCUCUAGGGUGGUAUUGGGUGCCUCUAGGGUGGUAUUGGGUGCCUCUAGGGGUAUGGGUGUAUUGGGUGGCCUACUAGGUGGUAUUGGGUGCCUCUAGGGUGGUAUUGGGUGCCUCAUGGGUGGUAUUGGAUGGUGCCUAUAGGGUGGUAUUGGGUGGAAUUGGGUGCCUAUAGGGUGGUAUUGGGUGUCUCUAGGGUGGUAUUGGGUGCCUUAGGGUGGUAUUGGGUGGUAUUGGGUGCCUCUAGGUGGUAUUGGGUGCCUCUAGGGUGUAUUGGGUGCCUCUAGGGUGGUAUUGGGGUUGUUCCUUAGGGUGGUAUUGGUGUCUAGGGUGGUAUUGGGUCUAUAGGGUGGUAUUGGGUCCUCUAGGGUGGUAUUGGGUGCCUAUAGGGUGGUAUUGGGUGCCUCUAGGGUGGUAUAGGGUGGUAUUGGGUGCCUCUAGGGUGGUAUUGGGUGCCCAUAUGGUGGUAUUGGGUGCCUCUAGGGUGGUAUAGGGUGGUAUUGGGUGCCUAUAGGGUGGUAUUGGGUGCCUAUAGGGUGGUAUUGGGUGCCUCUAGGGUGGUAUUGGGUGCCUUAGGGUGGUAUUGGGUGCCUCUAGGGUGGUAUUGGGUGCCUCUAGGGUGGUAUUGGAUGUCUAUAGGGUGGUAUAUGGUGGUUAUUGGGUGUCUCUAGGGUGGUAUUGGGUGUCUCUAGGGUGCCUCUAGGGUGGUAUUGGGUGCCCAUAGGGUGGUAUAGGUGGCCAUAGGGUGGUAUUGGGUGGUAUAGGGUGGUAUUGGGUGGUAUAGGGUGCCCAUAGGGUGGUAUUGGGUGGUAUUGGGUGCCUCUAGGGUGGUAUAGGGUGGUAUUGGGUGUAUUAGGGUGCCCAUAGGGUGGUAUUGGGUGGUAUUGGGUGGCCUCUAGGUGGUAUUGGGUGCCUCUAGGGUUGGUUAUAGGGUGCCCAUAGGGUGGUAUUGGGUGGUUAUAGGGUGCCUCUAGGGUGGUAUUGGGUGGUAUAGGGUGCCUAUAGGGUGGUAUUGGGUGCCUCUAGGGUGGUAUAGGGUGCCCAUAGGGUGGUAUUGGGUGGUAUAGGGUGCCUCUAGGGUGGUAUAGGGUGGUAUUGGGUGCCUAUAGGGUGGUAUUGGGUGCCUCUAGGGUGGUAUUGGGUGCCUAUAGGGUGGUAUUGGGUGCCUCUAGGGUGGUAUUGGGUGCCUAUAGGGUGGUAUAGGGUGCCUCUAGGGUGGUAUUGGGUGCCUCUAGGGUGGUAUUGGGUGCCUCUAGGGUGGUUAUUUGGGUGCCUCUAGGGUGGUAUUGGGUGCCCAUAGGGUGGUAUAGGGUGGUAUAUAGGGUGCCCAUAGGGUGGUAUAGGUGCCUCUAGGGUGGUAUAGGGUGCCUCUAGGGUGGUAUAGGGUGCCUCUAGGGUGGUAUUGGGUGCCUCUAGGGUGGUAUUUGGGUGUCCUCUAGGGUGGUAUUGGGUGGCCCAUAGGGUGGUAAGGGUGGUAUAGGGUGCCCAUAGGGUGGUAUAGGGUGGUAUAGGGUGCCUCUAGGGAUUUGGUCAAAAGUAGUGCACCAUAUAGGGUGCCAUUUGGGAUGCUGUGUCCUAGCUCUGAGUUGGAGGCUAUAUUCUAAUGUGUUUAUACAGACUGAGGUUGUCCUGCUCUGACCGGGUUCUCUCCCCUCUGUCCUGCAGUGAUGCUAUAGAGAAGUUGUCUGUGUUUAAACGGAUUGAGAAGAGACCCAUGGCCUGGCCCUGUACUCUGACCAUCGGCAGCUCUCUGGCCAUCAAGAUUGUUGGCUACAAAGCAGUAAGUAGAGGAUGUCUGAGUCCCAAAUAGGACCCUAUUCCCUAUAUAGUGCACUACUUUAGACCAGGGCCCAUAGCCCAAAUAGCACCCUAUUCCCUAUAUAGUGCACUACUUUAGACCAGGGCCCAUAGCCCAAAUAGGACCCUAUUCCCUAUAUAGUGCACUACUUUAGACCAGGGCCCAUAGCCCAAAUAGCACCCUAUUCCCUAUAUAGUGCACUACUUUAGACCAGGGCCCAUAGCCCAAAUAGGACCCUAUUCCCUAUAUAGUGCACUACUUUAGACCAGGGCCCAUAGCCCAAAUAGCACCCUAUUCCCUAUAUAGUGCACUACUUUAGACCAGGGCCCAUAGCCCAAAUAGGACCCUAUUCCCUAUAUAGUGCACUACUUUAGACCAGGGUUCAUAGCCCAAAUAGCAUGACUAUAUAGGGGAUAGGGUGCUAUUUGGGAGGUCAACCAGGGGACAGGGAGGGGCUGUUCUUAAUACUCCGACUGUCCCUGAAACUGGGAGAUGUGAAUGAUUGUAGUCUGACCCCUGCAGGUAUGUGAGGAGAGGCCCAGGAAGUCGUGGUCGGUGGUAGAUGCUCAGACGCACCAGAAAGACGACGUGAAGAGAGACGUAGUUUACUGUCUCAACGAUGAUGAAGAGACUGAGGUACAGAAGGACGACACCAUACAAGGUGAGAGCGCUCUGACAUCAUCG